UGUGCUUAUUAUAAACGUAACGAAGCAUGUUUCAGUUUCACUCCAGGGAAAUUCCGAGGGAAAGAGGGGGAAAAAAAAAAAAAUCUAAAACAGAAAACAAACGAAGGCAGCGAAAGAAUCAGGGAAGGAGGCGCAUUUUAAGCACUGAAAUCGAGCGUACGCCGUUUUCUCAUCAAUGCAAAGUAAAAUUCUCGCUCUUGCUUUUGCCGAGUGAGUGAGUUAUUUAUGAGCAGUAGUGUAGAGAUCGAUGGUGGUGAGUGCUGCUGGGGUGAACGCAGUGUAGUGAAACAAUGAACAUCAGCACCAGCUGAGCUGACGACAUAACAUUCCUUAUAAGACGUCAUCGUUUUUGCUUUCUUUUCUUUUCCUUCCCAUUCGCGUGCGCUCUUUUUCCGCUCCAUUUGUCAGAUUUCUCUUUUAAAAUCACUGUUCUCCGUUACUCCGUUACUGUUUUCCAAUAUUUUUCUCUACUCUAGUCUUUGCUUUAAAGUGAAUUCUCAUUUUCCACUUAUUUGCUAUUUUUUGGGCACUCUCUCUGGUCUCUUAUUUGUCCGUUUUCUUUCUAUCUCUGUAGUCUGAGAUUUUUUAGUUUUAAACAUCUCUCUAGUGUUAAUUACAGUCUUUUGCCAUUUCUGGAUUGUUUGUUUCUUCUUCUUCUUCGUUUAUUUGUUUUCUCUGUUUCAUUGAUGAAGUUAGCUUGAGAUGCGAAGAAGAUACAUUUGGAUUUUCAAUACUUGAAGUCAAGAAAUAUACAUUAUGAAGUGCUUGACACAAUGGGCAGUGGUGUUUGCACUCUCAAAUGAAGAAGAGACAGCGUUGGAAAGCUGAAGAGGAUGUUUUAUUGCGUGCUUAUGUAAAACAAUAUGGCCCGAGGGAGUGGAGCCUUGUAUCACGGCGUAUGAACAUACCACUAAACAGGGACGCAAAAUCGUGCUUAGAAAGGUGGAAGAACUACCUCAAACCUGGCAUCAAGAAGGGAUCACUUACUGAAGAGGAGCAGCAUCUUGUCAUACAACUUCAAGCCAAACACGGCAACAAGUGGAAGAAAAUUGCAUCUGAAGUCCCUGGCCGCACUGCUAAGAGACUUGGAAAGUGGUGGGAAGUGUUCAAAGAGAAGCAGCAAAGGGAACAGAAAGAUAACAGCACAACAGUUGAUCCAAUUGAGGAGCGCAAGUACGAUCAGAUCCUAGAGACUUUUGCGGAGAAGCUAGUGAAAGACGGUGCAUUUGUCAUGGCUGCUUCGAAUGGAGGGUUUCUUCACACUGACUCUCCCACCCCAUCAACUUUGCUACCCCCUUGGCUUUCCAAUUCCAAUGGAACCUCAGCUAUCAGGCCGCCAUCCCCUUCUGUAACCCUAAGUCUGUCUCCCUCAACAGUGGCAACUACUCCUCCAAUCCCAUGGUUGCCUGAGAGGGGGCCAGAUAAUGCCCACCUUGUUCUGGGAAAUUUUCUGCCUCAUGGUUCAGUUUCCACUUGUGGAGAGAACCUAUUGGUAUCUGAGCUGGUGGACUGCUGCCGAGAGUUGGAAGAAGGGCAUCGUGCUUGGGCAGCACAUAAGAAGGAAGCAGCAUGGAGGUUGAGAAGGGUCGAGUUGCAGUUGGAAUCAGAGAAGGCAUGUCGAAGGAGGGAGAAAAUGGAAGAGAUAGAGGCUAAGGUGAAAGCUCUUCGAGAAGAGCAGAGGGCUACUUUGGAUAAAUUUGAAGCUGAAUACAGAGAACAAAUUGCUGGACUGAGGAGGGAUGCAGAAGCCAAGGAGCAGAAAUUGGCCGAGCAAUGGGCAGCAAAGCACCUGCGUCUUUCUAAGUUUCUCGAGCAGAUGGGGUGCAGGACUCGGCUACCAGAGCCCAAUAAUCGGUGAGGAAGAUCCAGUUAACAUAUUUAGUAAUGUUGUAAGGCACUGGUCUCUCAGUUUGAAUUGUAUGUUGAUAUCUUGCUUGUUCAGGUGUCCAUUAAUGUUUGAAAUUCUGUUAUACUUUCAUAUUUAUAAUAACCGUAACCACGUUUUACUUUC